GAACUUCCUUGUAGCCAAGAUUCCCCGAGGUUCAGGCAAGUUACGAAGUGGUCACACUGGGAAGAAAAAACAUUCUUGCCGAUUCGGUCGCUGAGUACACUUCUGCAUGAUAUAAUGGCUGAAUCGAACACCAUGAUGUCAGACAACUCUUCCAUUGGGGAUGCAGUGUCUAGUAGAGGAGAUGUUGAAUCCCAUGGGGAUGAGGAUCUUUACUACAUUCCUGAGAGGAGACCAUCUCUUGACCUUGGACCAUCUCCUAUGGACACCAGUCAAUGGCAUUUUGUGGAUCAGGCCUUGACUCCGGCUCAGAGCUAUGAAAAAUUGACUAGUGAAGAAGAGCGAGACGGUAUGACAGACCAGGAGGAGAUCCCUACAAGCGUCCGGCUGGAAAGAGUGGGUUCAUUUUCCAGCUGCUACUCCGUUGACAGCAAUGACUGUGAAAAGCUCAUUAAAAAAGAAAGCAAAGAGGAAGUCACAGAGCCCUCGAACAAGCUCGAAUUAAUCCAAGACCCAGAGGAAAUCAAGCAUCCAUCUCUGACCCUACAAUUCACUUUCAAGGCUUUGUGUGAGACCCUGAAGAAGCUGCAUGAAGACGAUUUCAGGAUGUUCAAGUGGACGCUGUGGACUCAUUACCCGCAGCCUUUCAGCGCCUCUCAAAGCAUGGACAUCGUGGACCUUGUGGACCGACUGGUGGAGACCUUCAGCUGUGAAAUGUCUGUGCAGAUCACCAGAACCAUUCUCGUCAGCAUCAGUAAAAAAAAUGUUGCUGAACAUCUGCGGGCAUUGUACAUCAAAAAUCAAAUUCGUCAUGAAUUAUGUGAAUUGAUAAUACAGAGGUACAGCGACGUGUCGAUUACCGAAGGACAAACAACGCCAAUGGAUGACAUCUAUGCAGACAUCUCUACUUUGUCAAAUUAUGACAAUGGCCCAAAUAUGGAACAUGAGGUCAUGCAAAUAGCCAAGCCGUACACCAAGAAGAAGCCAGGCGAUCGGCUUUCGUUUGCAGAAACACUCUCUCAGGAAUGGCUAGACAAAACUCAUGCAAGGCUGGUGUAUCUCUAUGGGCUGGCAGGAUCGGGAAAGUCCAUGUUUGUCAAAAAGCUUGCCCUUGACUGGGCUCGGGGGCGAUCACACCAGCAUUUCUCCUUUAUCUAUGUCAUAACAAUCAGAGAGAUGAACGAGUAUUUAGAAACGAAGGUCUCUCUGAUGGAUAUAGUGAACAAACUGUACCCAAUGGCAGAGAGGAUAAAAACCGAGGGCUUGAGGUAUGAAAACGAUGAAGCCUUUUAUAUCUUGGACGGUCUAGACGAGUACCCUGAUGAGUUUAACUUUAUGCGAACAGAAAUUCACUCUAAUGCCACUUCUCCCACGACCAUUAAGGUUCUCCUGACUAACAUCCUCAGAGGCCGGUUUCUCAGCCGCUCGCGAUUCAUGGUAACGUCCCGGCCCCAAACUGAACGCUGCGCCCCGUGGGAUGGACAGUACGACGAGAUCGAAAUGUGCAGUUUCUCAGACGAAAACAAAGACGAGUAUUUCAGGAAGAGGUUUAAGGACCCAAAUCAGGCGACCCGUGUCAUUGAGCACGUCAAGUCGAUAAAAACUCUCCAUAUCAUGUGCUGCCUGCCCUUGUUCUGCACGUUGUUGGCAGAUGAGUACCAACACGUCCUCCGAGAGUCGAGAACGGAAGAAAAACUCCCCACGAACAUUACGUACAUGUACACGAAGCUCCUCCUGAAGCUUCUUCACAUUCGUAAAACAAGAGCUCCAGCUAUAAGUCCAGAGGAAGAGCUGAACUUGCUCAUGGAUCUUGGGAAAUUUGCCUUCACCUUGCUGGAAAAGGGUCAGUUUCAUAUUAGGAGGUCGAAAUCUCCUGACUUCUGUCACACAGAGGCAGUGAACAGAAGUGGCAUUUGCGUGCAGUAUACGACAUCUCCAUUCGUCCUGUCCCAUGAGGACGUGGUGUGUUUUCUCCACCCCACCGUGCAGGAGUACAUGGCUGCUCUCUAUGCAUAUCUCUCCUUCAGGAACCACGACAAGAACAUUUUUGAUCCACCGCUGAAACCAAAAUUCAGAUUGAGCACCAAGGGACACAGAAUAAUGGAGCUGUACAAGGCAGCAGUGGAAAAAAGCCUGCAAUGCCCAGAUGGCAAACUGGACAUGUUCUUGCGUUUCCUCUUUGGGAUGGGAUGCAAAACCAACCAAAAACUUCUCCUGCCGUUUCACAAGCCCUCUGCGGAGAUCCUAGACUUAGCCAAAGACUGUGCCUCUCUCAUCAAGAAGAGCCAAGGAUCUAAGCAUCCAGAUCGGAGUAAGAACUUGAACUGUUGCCUGGAGGAGUUGGAGAUGUGAGCCUUUGAAUUUGCUCCAAGUCAAAGUGCAUAAAAUGGCCAAUCACUACGCAAGAAAACACAGUAGUACACUUUAGUAUCGGAGAAAAGUCGCAUGCAUGGGUAAGGCACACUGAGACUAGCAAUUUAUGUUUGAGUGGGAAACCUAUUCAUAAAAAAGCUGCUAACUUAUGUGAGACACUAUCAGGAUAUUGUCUAAGUGAUAAGGUGUUUUCUCCCAUCUUCAGUGGUUUCAGUAGCUUCAUGACUUUUCCAACAUGUUAAAGCCCCAAACCCCAAAGCUUUUUGUUGGGAUUUUGUGUUACACAACAAACAAAGCAGGAGGAACUGCAGGAGGAAAGGAAGCUAAUUAAUCAUUGUUGACAUUUUUUUUUAAAACUCCCAGUUUCAUUUAGGGUUGGACUUUGAGCCUUUACCAUUCAUUAAUAUGAUUUAAACCAAGUCAUUCCAUCAUAGCCCCGUUUUUAUGUAUAAAGAAAUAGUGAUGUCACUUUCUAACCAGGGAAUUUUUGAAGGUGGGCUGAAUGUAAAUACACACUUUCCAUAUUUGUAGUUUUUAAAAAUACUUCAGCUUCACAGUUAUGUUGUGCUUUAGUGUCUGUCAGAAAAUCCCAAUAAAAUGCAUUCAGGUUUCAGGUUGACAAAAUGUGAUCAACCUUGUGAUCAAGGUUGUAAUAAGUUUUUGCAAGGCGCUAUAUUUGAUUAAUCUGCAGAAACUCCCAGUAUUAAUGAGCAGAAAUUUCCAGUCCAAAUUAAAAGUCUGGAUAAGGCAACCCUCUCUCACCGUGCGUUUUCUCAUCUAAAGGCUGUGGCAGAGUUGUGCAUUCAGUGUCUCUUGCUGCCAUUUAAAGGUUUUCAGAUGCAAUAGAAGAUACAAGAUCACAUGGGGAGUAAUUCUACAAAUGGUAAACAACUGGACUCACAGGAAUGGAUUUUGGACACGAGUCUUAGAAUACAUCUAAAACAAUUAUAUUAAAUUAAAAUCAGAAUAUGUAAGAGUUUUUAGUUCUUCAGGCAAAAAAAGUCUUUACAUUUUCAGAAACCUUGAUCUGGACAGUCUUAAGUUUUGAUUCAUUGUCAUUUUUUUGUAAUAAUAUAAUUACCUGUUAGAUUAAAGAUUGACCUGGAAGGAGGAGCUCAUGACAUGUAAUUAUUUGAAAAAGUUUUAAAGACUAAAGUGGAAUAAUAGGGUAAUUUUGUCCUUUAGCCUCCCCCCUUCCUCUUUGCAUUAACUAAUAAAAUGUAAUAAAGUAAAGUAAUAAAACUGAUUCAACACUCAAUAUUACAUGUAUGUACACAUCUGGUCUUAAAUUGCAUGGCUCCUAAUGCUGUCUGAAAAUGUGUGUGUGUUUUUUUUAUAUAAAUAUAUUUUCUAUAUCUGUGUUUGUAUGAAAACAAUGAUACUGAAAAGAAAUUUGAUCUCAAAUCUUUAUUCUUUGUCCCAUUGUGUAUUUGAUCAAGUAAGACUAUAAAACUUUCUAUUUUAAGUUUAUGAUAAAUAUCAAUAUUUCAUAGAAUCUGUGGCACAUUUAGUGACAAAAAUACAUGCAGCAUGUAUUUGUUCUAAAAUAACAGACAGGACAAAUAUUCAGAAUCAGAAUUUAUUGGCCAAGUUUAUGAGCACAAAGAAUUUGACUGGUUUAAAGUGCUCACAGUACACAAAUAAAAGUAUAAAUAUAUACACUUUAGAGGAAAUAAAAAUGAAGAGUAAACACAUGGAUUUACAACCACUUCUUACUCUUUUUGGUGCAUGAAGAAAAAAAAAAUCUGGCUUGUGAUGGUGCAAAUUUGAUUCUCUUGUUUCUCAGAGUGCCUGACUACUCUGGUCUUAUGCAAUAAAGAAGUAACUUGUUUGAGACAAAAGCAUGUUUUACAUUACCCAGGUCACACAUAUUUAUUCAAGGUUUUAUUUAAAUUAAAAAGAAACCUGGUAUAAGCAAACAAAACAGGAGAGUGAAAAGCUCAGUGAUUUAUUUUUGUAAUUUUGUUUUUACACAGAAGUCAAUGUAAUGUGCCUCAGUGCUGCCUUUAGAUGAAUGCUUGUUUACGUUUCAAAGCACUACAUAUUUCUCAGCUUGCAGCCAGUGUUUUGCUUUGUACAUUUUUUUUCUCUAUACUUCUGUAGCUAAAGAGACUCUUCCACCAGAACAACAUACAAUUCAUGUUAAAUGUGCAUAUUGCAAAAUAAACUAGCCUCUAUUGUUUACCACUACAA